AUGCGUUUGAUAUUGAUAUUUUCGCUGCUGCUCUCAGCAAUCACUGCUUCAUCUAUCCCAGCUCGGGGCCAACUCCAGAACGAUGUCCUUGCCAACAAAGCCCUACAAAAUUUGGCAAAACAUACAAUAUGGGAUGAAGGUUCAACAGAGAAGUGCAGUAUCCGAAACGCUGCGAAGAGACGAGAAUGGCACACAUUGUCCAAAACGGAGAAGAGAACCUUUGUUGACGCCAUCCUUUGCCUUUCCGAGAAGCCAAGCAGAACUCCACUUGAAGAUUACCCUGGCGUGAGGAAUCGAUAUGACGACUUCGUUGCGAUCCACAUGAAUCAGACGUCCUUCAUCCACCAGACAGCAAACUUCCUCUCCUGGCACCGCUACUUCAUCUGGGUCUACGAGAAAGCCCUGCGAGAAGAGUGCGGGUACAAGGGCUACCUUCCCUACUACAACUACGCCAAGUACGCCUCCGACCCACUCCAAUCGCCCCUCUUCGACGGAAGCGACACUAGCAUCAGCGGCAACGGCGCCUACGUCAACCACACCGGCCUCGACAUCCCCAACGCCUCCGUUCCACACAUCCACAUCCCUCCCGGCCCCGGCGGCGGCUGCAUCACCACCGGGCCCUUUGUGAACUGGACCGCCAAUCUCGGGCCCGUGGUCAACGCCCUGCCGUACGUGGAGAAGAACCCGGAUCCCGCUGGUCUGGGGCGGUACUACAACCCGCGGUGUCUGCGGCGGGAUAUCUCGGCUUUCGUGUCCGCGGGCUGGGCGAAAGACCAAGAUAUCGUUGACUUGAUAAGCGACUACACGGAUAUCCUCUCCUUUCAGAGCAGGCUGCAGGGCGAUUCCAAGGCGGGAUACUUGGGUGUGCUUUCGGCGGGUCAUUGGAUGGUCGGCGGUGAUCCGGGUGGGGACUUCUACACGAGUCCCGGGGACCCGUGGUUUUUCUUGCAUCAUGCUAUGAUUGAUCGCAUUUGGUGGACUUGGCAGAAUCUGGAGGUUGAGGAGAGGACGUUCCAGGUGGGGGGUACGAUUACGUUUUUGAACAACCCGCCCAGCAGGAAUGGGACAUUGGAUGAUGUGCUGGAUUUGGGAAUCGAUGGUGAAGCGAUCAUGAUGGGAGAGGCGAUGAGUUCGGUUGGGGGACCGUUUUGUUACAUUUAUGUGUGA